CAUAUGGGUCCAAUAUGGACGACCUGGUAAUGCAGCAAAGCCCGUGUUAGGACUGGAGGGGCCAGAAUAUAAUACGAAAAACUUGCAGGGUUUGGUGCGGUUGCAGACAGGAGAGAAGACGUAAAUAUGCCUACUCCGUAUUUUACCCUGGAUGCCCAACUGAGGUUCCAUGACAAAUGGCUGAAGAUAGACUUGCAGCGAGUGUUCUCUGCAGAAGGGCUGAGUGAGAUGUGGAAUGAGAUGGUGAAAGAUGAAGAGAUCACUUUCAAUGGAGAAGAAUCGGCUCACCCAGAAGACUGCACGGAUUGCUUCGGUACUCAGAAGAAGGAUGAAUCCAACGAUAAAGAGAAGAAGGAGGAGGAGGAAGUGUCGACAUCUGUCCAUCACUCUAUCAUCGAGACGUGGGACUGGGGACGGCAGCCAGAUGAGACGGAGCUGAAGGACUGUCUGAUGGUGCUGGUAGAUGACCAACAGAAGCUAUCGGCCCAGAUGGCUAAGAGCACGUUGUCUGCCCUGCGUCUACGCCAGCGCCUGGUCAUCCUAGAGAGAUACCUCAUAUCCCUGAGCCACAGCAUGAUGGAAGAGAAGUACAAGGUCCGCUGGAAGAGCCCCCCCAGCCCCCCUCCACCCAUCGUAGACAACAAGAGGUACGCUCUCAUACACUAG